AUGGCAUACUCCUCACGACCAACUUCAAUGCUUCCAGGUGCUCCUGGUGGCUCAUCUAUGCGCCAGCCCAGUGGUUCUCAAUCACAACAAUCUUCGGCGUUGUCGGCCCGCAUUGCGGCCAAAAAGGCUGAGCUAGAGAAUCUGCGACAACUACGUGAUCUGAGUGGAACAUUGGCGAUUCAGAUGCAAGCUUUGGAUAAUAAAAUCUCCACGCUAAAAGAUGGCACCGAAGCUGUUGCAUACGUGCUUUCCAACUGGGAUAAUGUUAUUAGGGCCAUCACUCUCGCCUCGAGCAAGGCAGGCGGACUCUACGAACCUGAGUCGGAUAGUAAGAAUGUGGAGAAACCGCGCAACGACCCUCGGCUGCCAUCAUCGCUGGUUCGCAUUCCAGCUGAACCACGUGAUAAGACUGGCGAGUGA